AUGGAGGUGGAUAAAAAGUAAGUACAUAGUUAUAGUAAUUGUACUCACUGUACCACGCAAAUUAUGUAAUAUAUGUAUGCUCGGCCGUAUCUAAUUUAUGCUCAAGUGAUAUUAGAAUUUUGUAAUAGAAGCCCCUGUCUAUCCCACUCGACCCUACUCCUGCAGAGUCGUGAAUACGAUUUCAUUAAACACUUAUUAGUGCAAGACAAUUUUCGUGAAUUAAAUUGUGACAUGCUAUUCCACUAUUCCAAACCCAGUUUCAAAUCCAGCCAAUAAUUAACGAAACGUAGAAGUUCUGCUCAUUUCUAUAAGUUGUAGUUGUAUCUUUCUACGCCGCAGCUGUUUGAAUUUAAUAUAUUUUCAGAAGGUUAGCAAUAGUUUAUCAGGGUAGAACAAUUUUAAUCAACUACAUUACCUCUCCUGACCGGCUUGAAAUGCUAGCGUUAUACCGGGUGCUUCCUCUCCCCGAAAAAAACAACGCCUGUUACCCCAAAACAACGGAACCCAUCUAAAUUAAUUAUGCAUGUGUUCAUUGCAAUGACCAACUACAGUAGUUAUAUACAGUAGUUUGAUGACUCUGACAACUCUGAGACUUCAAUUUGUAAAAUACGCUACAAAAAGCCCAGGCAACGUUAGAUUUCUCUUGUCAUAUACAGUAUGACGAAUUUCAUGAACGUCAUAGCCGUCGGCCUGGACUUGCUAUACACAAGUCGACUCGUAUUACAGUAUUUACCUGCGCGCUUGAGCUUAAAUUUCUUAAAGUGCGCGAAUCUUAGCGAUGAUCGAGGGCUUCUGUCGAGUCGACUUGUAAAAUCAAUAUUAAUAUCUUCUAGCUAUGACAGUGGAGGAAGCUUGGCUCCGAGCGCAAGUUUCAAGAAGCUGCGAUGGUCUACAAAUCACUUAACGGACUAGUGCCCGACUAUUUGCGGUCCACAUAUGUGGACUGCAGCAGCAUAGCGCGCAAGCUAACUGUUCCUAUGGCCCGUACCUCAUUUAUAUUUGACUUACUUCCAAUUUAGGAAUUCUCAUAGCGAGAUUGAGAAAAGACGUCGGGAUAAAAUGAACCAGUAUAUCAAUGACUUAUCCACAAUGAUUCCUUUACCUCCAUCAGUGGGCAAGAAACCUGAUAAACUGACAGUUUUGAGAUUUGCAGUUCAACAUAUGAAAGCUUUGCAAGGUACAGUACAUAAAAUUCCAAAGGUCGUAGGUUCGAAUCCCACCGUGGCCGGGCAUAUUUUUCAAGCUCGCCCGGUGUGGAUAUGCACUCAGAGUAACAUCGCAAACAUAUUAUUCACCUGAGUACACAACACCAACACAGAAAAAAAAAUCAUAUUACUAGAACACAUUGGUAUUGAAGGAACUAGAUACUGUUCCGAAAUAUCACUUACUCGAACCGUCCUGACCGCGUAGCUCAGUUGGAAGAGCAUUGGGCUAGUAUUCCAAAGGUCGUAGGUUCGAAUCCCACCGUGGCCGGGCAUAUUUUUCAAGCUCGCCCGGUGUGGAUAUGCACUCAGAGUAACAUCGCAAACAUAUUAUUCACCUGAGUACACAACACCAACACAGAAAAAAAUUCAUAAUCACAAUUUUUUACAGUACAUUACAUUACAUUAUUAUUUAGCUCACUCCCCAUUGGGGUUUUUCAGUGACCGAUUACAUCAAGUAUUACAAUUACUUAUGUUAUUUACUUAGCCUAGACUAUUUAUCUUUACAAUAAUUGAGAUAUUACUUUCCUAACUGUGUUUAGCCUAACCCACCCUGUCAACCUUCCCUGUGGGAGGAAACCGGAGCACCCGGAGAUAACCCACAACUUUCGGCAGAGCGUUGAUCGUACGUCCGUAGCAAGAAUCGAACCCACGAUUUCAGAGGUGAAAGGCCUUGUUCUGACGACUGCUCCACCUUAAUUGACCAUUUGCGUAAUAGACUAAAUUUUGAUCUCAACAAAAAUUUCAUUACAGCUUGAAAGAGCAUCACGAAAUUAGUAAUAUUCCAAAGUUUCGUUGCGAAAUGUUGUAAAAUGCGGAAAAUAUAGCCUUGCGAAGUUUUCAAUUUUCAGUCAUUUUAGAUUACAAACGGGAAAUUGACAGCCCCAAACCCUUCGAGGCUGUCAAUUUCCCGUUUGUAAUCUAAAAUGACUGAAAAUUGCAAAUUUCACAAGGCUAUAUUUUCCGCAUUUUACAACGUUUUGCAACGAAACUUUGGAAUAUUACUAAUUUUGUGAUGCUCCUUCAAGCUGUGAUGAAAUUUUUGUCUAGACUUGUUUAGUUCAAAAUUUAGUCUAUUACGCAAAUGGUCAAUUGUUUCGCUUUUCUGAUUGACCAUGAGCAAAUCCAUUGGGAAAUCUGAACAAAUAAACCCGACUGUGUUGAUUCUUGAAUUGUUGACUUUACUGUAUUCUCUGGAGGUAAUCAAUUAUUUCUGUGACACAAAUGAUGAUUGCUUUCGAACAGCCUGUGAGACAUUAUGUUAGACUGAUUUCAAUUGGUAGUUACAAGUGUGUGCCUGCCUGAGCAUGACUUUAUUUUAUAUUUUGACAUUUUUAGACAAAGUCUCAAUUAAAAGUUGCUUAAAUGUCCAACUACAGCUGUCUUAUUUUAUAAUGCGUAAUUUUCCUAUUCCCAUUUUUGUGUCUAUAGUUUCCAGUCCCAGUAACCCAUAUGCCAUUUUCCCAGUCCAAAAAUAGGCCAAUUCCAGUUCCCAUUUGUACCCCUUCAGGGCCGUCUACAUAUAGUUAAAGAUGCUGUAUACAGUCCGUUCUGCGCAUGCGUAUAUUAGACUCCAGAUCGUGAUACAAACUUUUUAGCUAAGUUAUAUGUUGUUCUUGUAAUAUUGGCUGGGGCCGGUUGUCUAAAACUCACGAUUUAAUUAUCCGUUUUGUAAUUAAAUAGUGGUUAACUUUAAUCGGUUGUGUAAAAAUCUAGUUAGCGUUAACUGCAGUUAAAAAGUAGUUAAAGACUUAAAGUUAAAUAUACUCUAAGGUAUCGUUAACUUCUCAAAACAUAGUUAAAAAUGGCGCUUGCAUAGGAGUGAACCAAACUUUUCAGAGUAACAAUAAUGAAAAGCAACACUUACCUGCCAGUAGAUGUUUUCUGAUAAUUCUCCAAACGCUAACGCUUCCGUUUUUUGGCGUUUUAGGACCCAUUACACAAGAAAACACUGAUAUAUAAUUGCCAAACAGCUACACUUUGGUUUAAACUAGACAUCUUACGGACAUCUUACUGCUUUUUGUGAUUUUGCGGUAGUUUUGCAUGCCUUGUUUUCUUGUUUGUUUUUCCAUAAUUACAUUGAAUAAAAUUCCCGCCAUUUGCAAAAUACGAGUCCACAAUCAUGUUAAAAACGGUUCGCUCGCUACUCUGGUUUACUGAAAUAAAUGAUUACAAAGCCCAGUUCAAUUGUAAUCAAGACCCAACGUUUCGACACUCCAGUCUAGUGUCUUCAUCAGGGGUGAUCUAAAAUUGCAAUCGUGGCUUCUUAAAUACCCAAGGAAUGACGUCACCUGCCAAUGAGAUGCAUAUAUUCCUCUGAAAAUAGGCACCGUCAUCCCUAUUCAAAGCAUGAUUACUCAUAUUUAUUUGACAAAAAGUCUUUGACCAUAGCGAUUGUUUGUGGUAAUUACUUUAGAGUUUUCCCACGCAAUCUCGUGUUUGGUGUAACAUACAUGUUCGGCUAAAGCUGAUUUUCCCUUGUCUAAAGUUGAAACAGCCUUUUGAUGUUCUUUUAGCCGUGUACCAAACUGGCGUUUAGACUGUCCCAAAUACUCUUUCUCGCAGUCACCGCAUGGUAUAGAAUAUAGUAAUAGUUCCAUACAUUCACUGUAUAUUCUAUACCAUGCGGUGACUGCGAGAAAGAGUAUUUGGGUCAGUCUAAACGCCAGUUUGGUACAUGGCUAAAAGAACAUCAAAAGUCUGUAUCAACUUUAGACAAGGGAAAAUCAGCUUUAGCCGAACAUGUAUGCAGGCCUUAAAAUAUCGGUCGGUCACGGACAUUGUCCGACCCAUUCACGUAAUUGUCCGAUGUAGAGAGGAAACCACCGGACAUUCUGUCCGACCAAAGUGAAACUGAGGUUUAUUGUUUGUCCGACCCAAGUAAGUUGGUGUCCGACCGUACUGUAGCUUUGUCCGACGUAAAUCAAAAUGUACCCUAGCCCAGGGGCCGGUUGUAUCAAGCCCGUUUAGCUUAAACGGUGCAGGGAUAAGUCAAAAUUAAAUAACACUCUUAUAUCUCUCGUGAAUCAGUCAACUUAAAUAUUCUGCACUGAAUAUGUAGUUGUAAACAUUAUCGUUCUAUUAAGGUUCAAAACUUUUAGUUUGGUUGUUGAAUGAAUCUAUGGCCUUGCUUUCUAUUUUGAGCUUAACCACCGUUUAAGCUAAACGGGCUUGAUACAACCGGACCCAGGACUAGAGGCUUGUAUGUUAAAUGGAAAAUCAGAGUAUUAUUGUCUAAAAAGUGAACUGGAAAUAUUGUUUUAACCUAGUCGAGCACAGGGCGGCGAGCGAAAUGGUGAAGUGGAAAACGGGUUUAAGUAAUUGUCGAAGUCUUUUUUAACACUGCUGUACUGGCAAUCAAGUUAAUUUUGUCUUGGAAAUAAGUAUGAAAGAAACAAAUUAUUUAAUAUCUUUACAACAUUUACCGUUUAUUCAUUUGUGUCGGCACUCAGACUUAUUUCCGAGUCAAAACUGAACUGAAGGUCAUCGGACAUAUGUCCGACCCAAACUCAACGUCACCGGACAUUUUGUCAGACGGCCCUGCAAAAGAUAUUUUAAGGCCUGUACUGUAUGUUACACCAAACACGAGAUUGCGUGGGAAAACUCUAAAGUAAUUACCACAAACAAUCGGUCAAAGACUUUUUGUCAAAUAAAUAUGAGUACACUGUAAAAACUGAUAGGUUAAAAUAACCAAAAAAAAUAGGUUAUUUGGUUUGGUCUAGGACAACCCGAUAAAAAUAGGUUAUUUCAAUAGGUUAAAAGAACCAGAACUAAAUAGGUUAAAACAAACCAUUAAAAAUGGGUUGGUUUAUACCCAUAAGAAAUAGGUUGUUUUAAUAGGUUAAAACAACUAAAAUUAAAUAGGUUAAAACAAACCAUAGAAAAUGGUUACUUUAACCUAUAAAUCUGUAAUAUGUCAUUUUAACGUAUUAAUUAUUGGUUGAUUGAACUAAAAAUUUAUGGUUAUUUUGACCAAUUAAAAAAGGUAAUUCCAACCUAUAUUCAAAAGUUAAAAUGACUAAAAUUUAAACUGUCAAAUUGAGCAUAUUUCAACCAAAUAAAUAUAGGUUGUUUUAACUAUAAUACAAAUGGUACGGAUAUUCACCAAUAAUAUUUUGGUUGAUUUGGCCAAUUUUUUUAGUUAUAACAACCAGUAAAUAACGGUCAAAGUCGAAGUACGAAACAUCGCGCACUUUCGUUGGUCAAAUGUUGUUGCGUCAACUGAAUAAGAUGCGCUAAAACGAAAUAGCUAAACAAUAAUUCUGCAGGCAAUUAAUCAUCCAAGUACGCUAUAAUCAAACAAUAUUAUGAACUGUAUAUAAAAAUAUAUUUUGUAACAUCUAAAAUUACAGUAAGUACACAGUAGUACGUUUUGUGUUACUAUAGCCUGUGUUCCAGUUGACUACACUGUUACUGACACACAGGCUAGAGAGUUGCAUGGUUUUGUCAAAGUCCUUAACUGUGGUUCAAGAAUGUGAUAUUAAUCAGAACAGAAUCUAGUUCUAAAUUUGUCCACAGGUUUGAUUCCCACCGUGGACAGGCGUAUUUUUCAAGCUUGCCCGGUGUGGAUAUGCACUCAUCAUGAUAUUUUCUGUGUUGAUGCAAUGUACUCAGGUGAAUAUAAGCUUGUGAUGUUACUCUGAGUCUCAGAGUAACAUCACAAGCAUAUAUUCACCUGAGUACAUUGCAUCAACACAGAAAAUAUCAUGACUACUAAAUUACAUUGGUAUCAAAGGAACUAGAUUCUGUUCCGAAAUAUCACAUACUCGAAGUAACAUCACAAGCAUCUUCUUUAUAGCAAAUAUUUAACAAAAAAUUACAACAUACAAAUGCAUAUCACACAAAUAAGCUAUACGAUUUUCUUAACAACACAUAUACGUGGAGACUGUAGAUUAGACUUAUAGACUUCUGCUAAUAGAAAUUAAUCGAAAAUUUACAACUGAACGUCCAGAUACCUUCAGUGAAUCGGCGGCGAAGCGACUAAUAUAAAAUACAGGCCUUCGAUUUUAAUAAAAAUAUAACUACAGUAAGUCAAGUAACUAUCCGCAUACAAAUGAGUAAAUACACAAUAGACAUACCUUUCAAAUUCCAUGUAUUUUACUAGGUCUUUCGAACUUUAUAAUAGAAAAUUUGAAUAAAAAUCUUCUCCUUUGAAUGCUUGCUCUCAAAAGAUCGAACUUGGCGCUUGUUGAGUUGUUGUCAAUGUGUAAUACAGAUCGAAUUACUACAACACGUGAUAUAUUCUAAGCAUGUUAAUUGGUUGAAAGUUUGGAAUUUCCACUUGUUGAAAAUUAUAUUCAGCAAGCAAAACAUUCCACAAGUUCAAAUUACAGAAUCUCUGACAAACGCGGGUACUAAUAGAGAUUUACGCAGCAAAAAAUAUAGAUGAGAGCAAUGCUGGUGUUAAAUCAAUUUGACAAGAAAAACUCGCUGACAAUUUCUGGCUACAUUCGAUCGUCGUGUGCGAUCGAACAAUAAGAAGCCGAUAUGGUCCGAUAUACUUGUAAUACAACUACAAGAAUCUGACUUGGCAAUAUUCGAGAAAAACGGCGCGUCAACCAGCUGAAUUAAAUCUUGGGUUGAUUUUACACGAACUGCAGUCCUUCACUCCGAAUUUGUAUAGAAAAUAUCGCCCUAAUUCUAGGUUGAAGAAACUCAGUUGAAUAUAGUUUUUGUCAUUCCUAUGUGUGAUGGUCGAGUUAUAAUACACAGGCCGAGUAAAAACUUGGUGGAAAAUUACUCACUAUUUCACUUCUACUAUACGAUUUAAUAAAUGGCUUUUAACUGAGUGAAGUGAGAAUAACUCCUUGAAAUUGAAAGUAUAUGUCAUAAGUCGAACUAAAUAUUUCAACAUAUUUCAUAUAGGUUAGUUUAGUUUUCAGUAUUUUGACCUAAUCAUAAUGGUUAUAAUGACCUAUUUGGGAAUAAUAACCAAUCGGUAAAUUUGCUUAACCAAAAAGAUUGGUUAAAUUAACCUAUUUUUAUUGGUCGCAAAAUUUGACCUGAUAAUAAUAGGUUAUUUUAACUAAUUUAAAUCGGUUCUAACCCAUUCAAUUGGUUAAAACAACCUUUAAUUAUUGGUUACAACCUUUAGAAAUAGGUUGUUUUAACCUACUGUAUCAGUUUUUACAGUGUAAUCAUGCUUUGAGUAGGGAUGACGGUGCCUAUUCGCCAGAGGAAUAUAUGCAUCUCAUUGGCAGGUGACGUCAUACCUUGGGUAUUUAAGAAGCCAAGAUUGCAAUUUUAGAUCACCCCUGAUGAAAACACUAGACUGGAGUGUCGAAAUGUUGGGUCUUGAUUACAAUUCGACUGGGCUUUGUAAUCAUUUAUUUCAGUGAACCAGAGUAGCGAGCGAAACAUGAUUGAUAUAGCUGGUUGCAGUGAACGAACACACUUUAAAUGUUAAAAAUGCUCGUCAGCAGUCGUUAAUCGUGGGUUACGUUAUGUAAUUUUAUGUUUAAACGCCCCACGCACAGCUAACUGCGUGAUUAGUUAACUAUCCGACUAACUACGUUUUGUGCAACGCAGUUAAGUCAUGUAGUUAACUAACUACAGUAUAACUGCAUGCAGUUAACUUUAACUACUUUUUUUAUACAACCGGCGCCUGAUUUGUGUAGUAUCUUGAUAAUUAAGAAUUAAUGGAUGAGGCUGAGCAGGAUAUCAGAAUUAUUGUUUUGCCAUAUUGGGCGAAGAUGAAUCCAAUAAGAGUUUUAUUAUGUAUUAAACAAUGAAAACAAUUCUAUAACAAAAAAUUGUUAAUAAGCGAUAAAAGUAACACAGCGAGAAUAAAACAGCGACAACAUUAGGCUACUAUACAUAUAUCGGCGGCGAAUUUGCUUAAAUGACCAAACAAAAAGUUAAUAAACUUGUUUUUACUAAUAUGCGUGCAUAAAUAAACUCAAUAUUCCAUCAUGUUUAAAGGAAAUUUGACCUAAUUUUAACAAAAAAAUAAUAUUACUAACGUCGAGGAUGUUGCAAACAAAUGAAUUUCUGGAAGACAAGUUUUCCGGCGCUUUUAUAAUUUUAAACAAAACUGGUAGAAAAAACUGUAUUAAUGUCCCAAAUUCAUUUCAUUAUUCUGCCAUAUCGCUUGUCGUAUGUUUGAAAUUGACAUAACAUCUGAAAAGGGUUGAGAAACCAUGAAAAAUGCCACGAUUCGCAACUGUCCAGUAGGUUCCUGUCCAAUAUCGUAAAAUAUUGGAUCGGCACGUGACCCUCUCAACGAUUACUGAUUGGUUAAGUGCGCGUGAGUGUAUAAUAAAUAUAGUUGUCACUACUCCACUUAUAAACUUUCACAACAUUUUGUUUAUAGGUUCAGCAGAACCUUUGAAAGAAACAAAUCACAAGCCCAGUUUCAUGUCAGAUGAUGACCUGAGGAACCUAAUUACAGAGGCAGCAGGCGGAUUUAUCAUUGUUGUUGAGUGUGAUCGUGGUCAGGUGUUGUAUGUUACCGAUUCAGUUCAAGAAAUAUUAAAUAUUUCACAG